GCCUUAACACAAAGGCAGUUUGUUUGUCAUUUUCCUGAAAUCCAAUCAGGUGUUUGGUGAGCAGGGAUGCAGAGACCCAGGUUCCUCCUAUCUCAUGGCCCUGCCCACCUUUAGAUCCUUAGAGAUGUCCCCAUUCAUCCAGCAGGUGGGAAAAGAGACCACAGAGAAGGUCUGCCCACUUAACCUUAUCAGCUGUCAUUCUGCUCGUAUUCCAUUGGCCAGAAUUCAGUUACAUGAGGAUAUUGAACUGCAAGUGCAGAUGGGAAAUGUAGUUUAGGGAGAAAGGGAACUAACUGCCUUUGGAAAUCAGAAAACACUCAGUAGCUUCUGCCACCGAGCCCUUUAGCCCAGGAAGUCUCCCUGAUCAUGCCCCUCCCACCUCCCAGGCUGGGUCAGGUGUUUUCUCUCUGCUCCAGGAAGCCCCGCCAGUGGGUCCUCCAUCCCAGACCUGCAGCUGUCUGCUUGUCCCUCUGUCACCCGCAGCACCUUGAGCCCGAGCUCCAUGCACUGGGCACCAUGAACCGCAGUGCUGGGCACAGUGCAGGUGCUCAGUAAAUACCUGCAAAACAGAUCAAUUUAAAACUCACUGUGGUGGGGGGGUGCUUAGCAUACACGAGGUCAUGGGUUCAAUCCCCAGUACCUCCAUUUAAAAAAGAGAGAGAGAAAACCUCAUUAUGAUCACAAAAAGAUGUCCACAAUCUAUUGAUAUGAGGGGGUUGAAAGCAAGUUAAAAACAAAGUGUGCUCCCCAGCAGAGACCCCUCCCAUCACCAAUAUAGACAGAAAAGGAGGAGGCUGGUGCUGAAGCUUAAAGGGUGGUGAACUCUGGGUAUGGAGCUCUUUUCACUGUCCUCUCAAUAUUUUUCUGUAACAGUAAAGUUACAGAAACUUUAAAGUUCAGAAACUUUUUUUCAGUGAGCAUGUGCUGCUUUUACAGUUAAAAAAAAUUAUUUUUUCGUUGGGGGCAGAACCAGCCACAGCCAGUGGCACUGAUACUCUGGGAAGAGACCCCUCUGGCGAGGCUGUUCUGUCAUCAACGCUCCCUCCUCUGGAAAGCUUGGCUUCAGGUGGCUCUUCUGUUCCUCCCAUGCUCUCUCUCUGUGCUCCACCACCACCUGGACAAGGUUCUUGCCCUUGUGUGCCCUGGGCUUGUCACUUCCUCACUUCAGCUCCUUGGGUCCUCAGUUCCCUCGUCUAUGAUAAAGUAGGGGAUAGGGACGGCUCCCUGUAAAGAUCCUGAGGAUACGUGAUACAUGGCAAGUCCUGAGCACAGGACCAGACUCUGGUCUAGAGUCCACGCUCAUAAACCACUGUGCCUGCUGUUUGAUGUCAGCUCUGCCCCUCCUCACCCCCAUGCACCUGUCUUCAAGUUAGCUCAGCCCAGUACAGAUAAAACAUCUCUACCCUGUACUCUGGACCUGAUCCAGCACUCAGGGAGAUCAGCACUCUGAGUCUUCCUGUGUCUCAUAGGUGCUUGGAGGACUGCUCCCUGGCUGGGCGGGGCUGUGGGGGAAAGAGCAUUCAGAGCACAGUAUCAGAUGCUCCCUGACCUAUGAAAGUGCUCCGAGUGGGAUAAAUGACUGUCACAGUAGUGAUUAUUAACAAUUGAUGGUGACACCUGGGUCCCCAGAGCCCCAUGCAUGGGCCAUGGUGGGGGCUCUGGGCAUCAGAGCUAAAGGAAGGAUGUGGGGGCUUUCCUGGGCACCCUCUGUCCAUGGGCAAGGCUGAGGCAGACCUGAUCGCAGCUAAGAGCAGAGUGUGAGAGGUUCCAGUCCCUGAGCUGAGCCUGAGGGCCGCUGGGUUUAGGACCAAGGCCCCUAGAACUUCCUCUUCCUACCAAGAUCUUGGAAAGGAUGAGCAUCUCUGAUCAGCCUGAAUCCCUCGAGGCUGGACCAGGGUGUCCCAUGCCACCAUCCCUCACACAGGGUGGAGGCAGCGCAGGCAGGAUUCUGGACUGCACCUCAGUACUGCAGUACUGAUGAAGAACUUGGAGCUCUGAGAGGAGAAAUCUCAUCAGACUCUCCCUGCCCUGGCCAGAGGCUCCGCCUCCAGGAGGCCUUCCAGGCUGAGUUUCUCGCUCUCUGGGCUCUCACAGAUUUUAGACAAACCUUGGUGGUCUGAGGUUGUGUCUCAGCAUCUUAGCCCUAGAGUUUGGCAAGUCCAUGUUUGGAUUCUGGUUCUAUCUGCCUCUCCUCUAACUGCGUGACCUUGGACAGGUGAGCUCAUCUCUCUGAGCCUGGGUAUCUUCACCUGUUUGACUCACAGGGCAGACAUGAGGCUUAAGUCAGAUGUGAUCAGAGGAGCAAUGACCCUCCCCACCCCACCUGCCUCUCUGCCCCUCCUGUGGCCUUCAAGCCUGUCCCAGGUUCUCCGCAGGGCUCUGCGGCUGCUUGUGUCCUUGAUCCAAGGACACCUGGGACCUUGCUGAGCCCUCAGAUGAAGGAGCAGCCUGGCUGCUGAGGUCCAGAGAGGAUCGAGGAGCACCUAGGGGGCAGAGAGCCAGGGCAGCACCUGCAGGGUACAGGCACAUGCCACCUGCUAUCCCAGGGGAGGGAACUCAUGAAUAUUCACACCCACUGGAGCAUGAGGGAGCCGGCCAGCACACUGCUGGGUGUCAUUGGAGCGUUCCUGUUUCCCAGUGACCACAGAGGCAGCCUUGGGAGUCAGACGUGGCUCAGGCAGGGAGAGGGAAGGGGCAGCCAGCCACGGCCCAAGGUGUCUGAGAUGCUGCUGCAGAAGAAGCGCUGGGAGUCGAUGGCCAAGGGGCUGGUGCUGGGAGCACUCUUCACCAGCUUCCUGCUGCUGCUGUACUCCUACGCCGUGCCCCCGCUGCACACCGGCCUGGCCUCCACCAGGACCUCCGAGGGCGCAGCACCCUGUUCCCCCGCUCCAAGUGAGCCCGAGCCUGUGACCUCGGCCAAUGGCUCGGCUCGGGGCUGCCAGCCGCGGCGGGACAUCGUGUUCAUGAAGACGCACAAGACGGCCAGCAGCACGCUGCUCAACAUCCUCUUCCGCUUCGGCCAGAAGCACGGGCUCAAGUUCGCCUUCCCCAACGGCCGCAACGACUUCGACUACCCGGCCUUCUUCGCGCGCAGCCUGGUGCAGGACUACCGGCCCGGCGCCUGCUUCAACAUCAUCUGCAACCACAUGCGCUUCCACUACGACGAGGUUCGGGGCCUGGUGCCGCCCAACGCCACCUUCAUCACGGUGCUCCGCGACCCCGCCCGCCUCUUCGAGUCCUCCUUCCACUACUUCGGCUCCGUGGUGCCCUUCACGUGGAAGCUCUCGGGCCAAGACAAGCUGGCCGAGUUCCUGCAGGACCCCGACCGCUACUACGACCCCCACGGCUACAACGCUCACUACCUCCGCAACCUGCUCUUCUUCGACCUGGGCUACGACAGCGACCUGGACCCCAGCAGCCCGCAGGUGCAGGAGCACAUCCUGGAGGUGGAGCGCCGCUUCCACCUGGUGCUCCUGCAGGAGUAUUUCGACGAGUCGCUGGUGCUGCUCAAGGACUUGCUGUGCUGGGAGCUGGAGGACGUGCUCUACUUCAAGCUCAACGCCCGCCGCGCCUCGGCCGUGCCGCGCCUCUCGGGCGAGCUGUACCGCCGCGCCACGGCCUGGAACGAGCUGGACGCCCGCCUCUACCGCCACUUCAACGCCAGCUUCUGGCGCAAGGUGGAGGCGUUCGGGCGGGAGCGCAUGGCCCGCGAGGUAGCCGCCCUGCGGCGCGCCAAUGAGCGCAUGCGUCGCAUCUGCAUCGACGGCGGCGACGCGGUGGACGCCACCGCCAUCCAGGACGCGGCCAUGCAGCCCUGGCAGCCGCUGGGCGCCAAGUCCAUCCUGGGCUACAACCUCAAGAAGAGCAUCGGGCGGCGGCACGCGCAGCUCUGUCGGCGCAUGCUCACGCCCGAGAUCCAGUACCUGACGGACCUGGGCGUCAACCUGUGGGUCACCAAGCUCUGGAAGGUCAUCCGGGACUUUCUGCAGUGGUGACGUCCCGCCCGCUGAGGAGGGCCAGGCAGGGUUCCUCUGGCCUCCGCCGCGGCCCUCCUGGUGCCACCCCAGCCCCUGGGGUGAGAUGGGGCUGCUGCCAGGUCUGGGCCCACCGCACAGGGCCUGAGAUCAGUAUUUGACUAGUUGUAGUUUUUUUUUAAAUUACAUUCCUUUCCCUCUGAAAAAGAAUGUUCUAUUUCCUGUCUCCCCUUAAAGGGGAGACUUCAAAAGUAAAAGAAUUUAAUGUGUUUUUGUUAA